AUGGCGGCCAAAUAUGCUGCACAGGACCUCUCGGACGCGGCACUAGGAGGUCCAAUUGGCCUUAAAGAUGGCUACUUUGUCGACAACUACGGUCGCACCCUCACGCUGCAUGGCCUCAACAUCUCCGGGGCCAGCAAGCUCCCCACGACGCCGAACGGCUUGUCUCAUCUUACCGACGGCUUCUUCGAGCACCGCGCAGUGACAUUCAUCGGCCGGCCAUUCCCCCUUGAAGAUGCGCCGUUGCACUUCAGACGAUUGCAGGCUUGGGGCUUGCCGCUUAUCCGUCUGCUGGUAACGUGGGAGUCGAUUGGCCACUCUGGACCGGACCCGGAAACGGAUGUGGAUUUGGAGUAUAUCGACUACCUACGCCAACUCAUCGAAAUCAUGCCGAAGUACGGCGUCAAGUGCUUCAUUUGCGCCCACCAGGAUGUGUGGAGUCGAUUCAGCGGCGGCAGCGGUGCACCCGGUUGGACGUUUGAAGUUGCUGGGCUCGAUGUCGAGGCAUUCACUGAGACCGGUGCCGCAUAUGUGCAUGGGCAGGAUGAACUGAGGAGAGCUACUGCGCCUGUGAAUGAGAAGGAACCGAGCGGACCGUUUGUGUGGCCGUCUGGGUACCAGAAAAUUGCGGCGUCGACGAUGGCGACGUUGUUUUGGGCGGGCGAUGCUCUGGCGCCGAAGCUGCAAUGCAAGCGGUCGAAAGAUGGCAGGGAUGAGACUGUUUCGGCUCAGGAGUUUCUCCAGAGUGCCUUUAUCGAAGCCUUUGGGCGGCUCGCGGAUGAAGUGGCUAGCCUUGAGGCAUGCGUUGGCUUUGAGCCCUUGAAUGAGCCGCAUCGAGGUCUUGUCAAUCUUCAUGGAUUCGACGGUUGGAACUACGAUACCGACUUACAUAUCGGAUAUUACCCUUCUCUGACACAAGCACUCGCACUUGCCAGUGGCUACGCUCAAGAAGUCAAUUACUACGUCAAGUCCUGGCCGUUCCCUACCCGCAUUUCGCACAAAACCGUCGUCGAUCCGAAGGGAAGAUCUGCCUGGUUGGCUGCUAAGCCAAAUGCAUCGAAACCACAAAACUAUGGUCUCGGCGAGUGUGUAUGGCGCGCUCAUGGUGUUUGGGAAUGGGAUGAGACGAAAAAGGGCCCAAAGGUCUUGCAGCAAGACUACUUCGAGGUGGACCAUCGGCCAGGUCGUGAAGGGAAGCCGCUGGAGUGGUACCGCGACUUUUACGGUCCCUUCCUCAAGCGCUUCUCGGAACGUGUCUCACGGAAAUCGUCCCGGCAAUUCUGCUUCUUUGAGCCGAUACCAAACGAGUUUGUGCCCCCUUGGGUUGGCCAGGACGGCAAGGUGGACGAAGCUGGACAGAAGCAAACAUAUGCGACCAAGACAAUCAUCGACACACCGAGACCACAGAAUCUCGUUUUUGCCCCUCAUUUCUACGACCUCAACGUAUUAUUCAGCAAGCAUCACUCCUGGAUGAGCGUGAACGUACAAGGGCUCUCUAGGGGCAUGUUCAUCUUAAAAGCCCUCUACAUCGGCGCCAAGGCGCUUCGCCAAAACUACCGCACGCAGCUCGCCAACAUCCUCAAAUACGGGCAAAAGUCGUUGGGAACCCACGUGCCCGCCCUCAUCGGCGAGGUCGGCAUACCCUACGACAUCAACGGUUGUGAGGCGUUCAAAACAGGCAACUACGAUAAGCUGCGGGAGCUAAUGCACGCGCUCAUCUCCGCCAUGGAGGACAACAACCUUGCGUUCACGCUGUGGAAUUAUAACCCUGAUAAUCGGGUGGAGUACGGCGAUGGGUGGAACAAGGAGGAUUUUUCUGUCGUUAACGGCGACACUGAAGCGAAGCCCGGCCACAUUUUGCCAGAUUAUGUGAACGAGGCGCACGAAGAUGAUGAGCUGUACCGCGGUGGGAGGGUAUUGAACGUGAUUAUUCGUCCUUACGCCGUCAAGAUUGCAGGCCGCCACGUUCGCUCGGAUUGGGACCCGCGGACCCUCCACUACGAGUUCGAGUGGACUUCAGAGGCCGAGAGUGACGCCAAGAACAGCAAAAGUCAACCCGAAAAGUCCCGGACGACGGAGAUAUUUGUGCCAGAGUACCACUACGCACAACGCAACAUCGACAUCAAGGUCAGCGAUGGAGAGUGGUCGUACGAUCCUGAUCUGGCGACACUGUACGUAAAGCAUGAUGGAAGCAAGAGCACGCAUCGCUUGACAAUCGAUAUUACGAACAUUCCGAGGCAUCUCAUGGAGACUGUUGAGAAAAGGCGACGGGCGCUCCCGCCUAGUUUCCCACUGAGUCUCAUCUCGCCGAGCACGGAGCUUGCGAUUGAAGAGUUGAUGAUGCCAAUGUUGUUGCCUGGGCUUCUUGUCAUUUUGCUGGCUGUUGUGACGAUGUUUGUCUAG